AGUGGAGCUUUAUAGUUAGGGUAGGAUACUCGUUGACAUCAUGUGACCUGCGUACCUUCAAAAUUAUUCGGCAAUCCUAAUUUAUUCGAAAACACCGUUUACAUCAUUUGUCGCAAUGAAAAAAGUUAGACAAAAGAAAAUCAACCUCUCUCGAACGAAUACAAAUGUUGUCGAUCUAUAGAACAUUCCUUCUAUACCUAUCUUCUGUUUUCAUUACACAUUUUCAAAGAUUUUUUUUUUGUUGCGACGUUGCUUUUGUCGGAUAAACCUGGAUCAAUGGAAAAUAAACCUGUUUAUUGGGACACAUGAGAGGAAGGAAUAGUACAUGCUAAAGAAACUACAUUUGGGAGGAGUCCCACAUCUUCGAGUUGUGUCUGACACCUGAAACUUUACUUGUGUUCUAGACUCAGCAAACCGCCACACAAUGGGGAAAACAGAGGGGCUCGAGGAAACGGCCGAGGAAGAAGUCACUGCGCAACAAUGAGUCUGGACAAAAUCUCAAAGUGAAAGAUAAAUAAGGGAAAGUAGGUUUUACAAUCCACAACGUGGUAGUUUACAUUUUUUUUUCUCGAAACGCAGUGGCCAUUGGAAACGUUGCUGUGCAGCGCAAUGGCUGCCCAGUGCGACUCUCUGAGCGGAUACUUGCAACAGUCGGACCAGGGCUCAAAUAGCGAGUGUAGUAUUGACUCCCCGGUCCCCGGCUCCGAGGAUGACUUGAGCGGACCCCAUGCCUUACCAGACCCGGAGUGGACGGAGGAGAGAUUUCGAGUGGACCGCAAGAAACUGGAAAUCAUGUUAUUAGCGGCCGCUGGGGGACGGGUCAAUGGUGGCGAGGAUUUCUUUCAGAAGGUCAUGGAUGAAACCAAAACACAGAUAGCGUGGCCUUCCAAAUUGAAGAUCGGAGCCAAGUCCAAAAAAGAUCCGCACAUUAAGGUUUGUGGAAAGAGAGACAAUGUGAGGGAAGCCAAAGACCGAAUCAUGUCAGUCCUCGACACAAAGCAGACUAACAGGGUAACCCUUAAGAUGGACGUGUCCCACACAGAGCACUCCCACGUCAUCGGCAAGGGAGGCAACAACAUCAAGAAGGUGAUGGAGGACACGGGUUGCCACAUCCACUUCCCCGACUCCAACCGCAACAAUCAGGCGGAGAAGAGCAACCAGGUGUCCAUUGCAGGUCAGCCAGGAGGGGUAGAGGCAGCUCGCGCCAAAAUCAGGGAGCUGCUCCCUCUAGUUUUGUUGUUUGAGUUGCCGGCCAUCGUGCAGCCUGACCCAGGCUCCCCCACAGUGCAGCACAUCUCCCAGACCUACAACCUAACCGUAUCCUUCAAGCCCCCCACACGUCUCUACGGGACCACCGGAGUGGUCCGCGGCUCCCAGAACAACUCUAGUGCCGUCAAGAGGGGCACUGCCAUGCUGCUGGAGCACCUGGCGGGAAGCCUUGCCAGUGCCAUCUCAGUCAGUACCCACCUGGACAUCGCCCCUCAGCACCACCUCUUCAUGAUGGGCCGUAACGGCAGCAACAUCAAACACAUCACCCAGAGAACAGGAGCCCAGAUCCACUUCCCUGACCCUAACAGCCCCCAGAAGAAAUCUACUGUCUACAUCCAGGGCACCAUCGAGUCUGUCUGCCUGGCGCGCCAGUAUCUCAUGGGCUGCCUGCCCCUGGUACUGAUGUUUGACAUUAAAGAGGACAUUGAGGUGGAGCCCCAGUGUAUCACAGCUCUGAUGGAGCAGCUGGAUGUCUUCAUCAGCAUCAAGCCCAAACCAAAGCAGCCCAGCAAGUCUGUGAUAGUAAAGAGUGUGGAGCGGAAUGCAGUGAACAUGUACGAGGCCCGGAAGUUUCUGUUGGGUCUGGAGAGCAACGGGGUGUCAUCAGCCAUGUCCCCCUCCACCAACAGCCCCACUCUCAUCUGUCCUGUCGGCCUGGACAUCCUGGCCUCAGCUGGCCUGGGGCUGAGCAGUCUGGGCUUCCUAGGUGCAUCAGUGCCCCAUUCUCUCAGUAGCUCCCCAGCUCCAAACUCUGUUCUCAACAGUCUGAACUCUUCCAUGAGCCCUAUGCAGAACCCCAUCCCCAGCACCCCGUCUCCCUCCUCCUCACUGUGGCCUAGCUCUCUCACCAGCACCCAAGGCUUCUCGUCUCAGUUGAUGAUGCACCCUGUAGCCCAGGCCACUCUGAGCAGUAUCCUGCUCUCUGGGGUCCAGGGGUACACCCAGAACACCCCCUCCCCUCCCCCCGGACUUACCCCAAUCGACAAGCAGACCAACGGGGUCCCUGACUGCUCCAAAGGCCCCUGUACCAUCAAUGGACAUGUCAAGAAUCCUGGCUCAGUCUAUGGUAGGAUGUCCAGUGCGUCACUGGCAGACACGGUUCUGAACCCCAACCAGUGUGACUCGGUCCAGGAGGCCAGCGGACACAACCCGUCAGAACCCCGCUCCAGCAAGUCCAACCAAGACGAAGGCUCUGACACCUUUGUGGAAGUGGGCAUGCCCAGAAGCCCAUCUCACUCAGCAAAUGGAAACGAGCUGAAACAGAUGCUGGCUUCCUGUAAGACGUCAGGGAAACGGCAGGCGGUGGAGCUCCUCCAGGGGACCAAGAACUCCCAUCUCCAGUAUGUCUGUCCAGAGCUACACUCAGACUGCCUACUGUCAGACCCAGAGUCGAGUGCUUCAGACAGCCCAGUGACAGAUAAGAGGGCACCGGGUAGUGAGCGGGCAGCAGAGAGAGCAGCACAGCAGAAUGAGAGGGACAGGAUCCGCUUGGCACCACAUUCUUCCUUUGCUAACAUGCAGGGCCAACUAGAGGCGCUUGAAUAUGAACAGAAAAAGCUGUUAGCAACCAAGGCCAUGUUGAAGAAGCCUGUUGUGACUGAGGUGCGGACCCCCACUAACACGUGGAGUGGUCUGGGUUUCUCCAAGUCUAUGCCAGCAGAGACCAUCAAGGAGCUGCGCAGGGCCAACCACGUGCCCUACAAACCCACCAUGAGUACCACCUACGAGGUAAACUCCGACUAUGAGGGCUCCCCCCUGUCUCUUUCCCGCUCCGGCAGCAGAGAGGGGGUGGGCAACGGCAGUGACUCUGACAACUGGAGAGACAGGAAUGUGGGUGGGAACGGUCUUCCCAGCCACGCCGAAUUCCCAGUGUCUGUUUGCAGUCCCAAGAGGAAGCAGAACAAAUCCGCUGCAGAGCACUAUCUGAGCAGCAGUAACUACAUGGACUGUAUCUCCUCCAUCACCGGGAGCAACGGGUGCAGUCUUCAAUCCUCUCUGAAAGGGUCGGACCUGCCGGAGCUGUUCAGCAAGCUGGGCCUGGGGAAAUACACAGACGUGUUCCAACAGCAGGAGAUCGAUCUCCAGACCUUCCUCACUCUUACAGACCAGGACCUGAAAGAGCUGGGCAUCACCACAUUUGGUGCACGCAGGAAAAUGCUGCUUGCCAUCUCUGGUGUGAAUGACUACGAACUGAACAAGAACCGAAGGAAGCUGUUUGAGGCUCCUAUCAGAUCCUCCUUCCUGGAAGGUGGAGCCAGUGGUCGUCUGUCUCGUCAGUUCCACGCUGACAUGGCUAGUGUCAGCGGUCGGUGGUAGAGCUCCACUCCGCCAGGACCUAACACGACAGAGAACCAGCCUUCAGUGCCUCUCUUUGGGCUUCUGUAGGCCAGUCUCCAGCCUAUCUGGGUCUCAGUGGUCCACCCUCCAGCUUAUGCUGAACAAUGACUAUUCAACUCUUUUUUUUUUUCUCUCUUUUUUUAAGGCCAUAACAAGAAGCCAUAGUUUAACCAGAAGUGCCAAAAAUAAGAAGAGCCAUCUGUGGUAUAGAAAGUCCAGUGUUCACUCCACAUAGUGGUUAGAUGUUUCUGUGGAGUAUCUACGCAUGAAGGGUAUUUUACUAAUUAUGAAGGACAGGUACUGCCCAGUAGUUGUCAAUUUUUGUUAAAGGGAACAGGCCAAAUGAUUAGUACAAAAUAAUUACAUUGAUACUGCAUUCGUAGUAUGCUGUGUUAUCAAUGACAUGCACUUUAACAAUUUUGCCUGUGAAAGCCUGAUUUCUCAUAUUGGAAUACCUAUGCAUUUUGUAUUAACUCAAAGCACAGAUGUAUUUGUACCAAGCCAAAUGUAAGCACUUAGUGAGAUGGGGAAAUGAAGUCAAUAAAGUGACAUCAACAACUAAACGCAGAACCUAGUGGAUUGACCUUGGACCCCUCAGUGUUUUGAUUGAUUGACAUUCCACGAAGGCCAGUGUUGUAUCCACCAGCAGCUGCUGUAGUUGGGCUGCAGUCUGUAUGUCAUAUGUAUUUAGAAAAAUAUUAUUUUGUAUUCACAUAAUUUUUUAUCUUUCUGGGGUAAUAAUCAGUUUCAUGUAUUUUUUUAUGUUUUCAUUACUUUAUGCAUUCACGAAUGAGUUCCUGUGGUUUCUAAUUAGUUCAUUAUUAGUCUCUUUGAUAAUUACCUUUGCCCCAUAAUCUUUGGUGCCGUCAGGCUGUGUCAUGAGACUGCAGCAGAGAAAGAGAGCAGUCUGUCAAAACAGCAGGCCCCUCUCUCUGAUUCUGUUUGUUGGCCUCCUGUGGUUUUCUUAGUCAUUGUCAUUAUGUCUCCUGUAGUCAUGUCAAUGGUCUUUGUCAGUUAGUCUUUCUGUGUUGAAUCCUACUAUUUGUUCCUCUAUCUAUUCAGGAGACAUGUCAUUAUUCCAAGACUGUGUGCUUUUAUCUUUCCUUACACUUUAACCGCUUUUAGAGCUGCGGACAGAGAAGCAACCUACUACAGUGUAGAAUGCCUCCACACUACUACAGUGUAGAAUGCCUCCACACUACUACAGUGUAGAAUGCCUCCACACUACUACAGUGUAGAAUGCCUCCACACUACUACAGUGUAGAAUGCCUCCACACUACUACAGUGUAGAAUGCCUCCACACUACUACAGUGUAGAAUGCCUCCACACUACUACAGUGUAGAAUGCCUCCACACUACUACAGUGUAGAAUGCCUCCACACUACUACAGUGUAGAAUGCCUCCACGCUACUACAGUGUAGAAUGCCUCCACGCUACUACAGUGUAGAAUGCCUCCACGCUACUACAGUGUAGAAUGCCUCCACACUACUACAGUGUAGAAUGCCUCCACACUACUACAGUGUAGAAUGCCUCCACACUACUACAGUGUAGAAUGCCUCCACACUACUACAGUAGAACCAGAACAGUGCCUUCAUUGGUCAUUGUAAUACUACUACAGUGUAGAAUGCCUUUACUUCUCUCUCUAAGCUGCUCAGCAGGGAAUUGUUUCUAUUAGAAUAUAGCUAUUUGGACUGACACUACCUCUCACCUAGGAGGGAACUCACACCAUAGGUGUAAACUCAACUUUAUUUCAUAUGACAGCCCCUGCCUAGACACAUUUCUACAUUUACCAAGAUUGUGUCCUCAUAACAUGUAUUUGAGCUUAAAUAUCCAAUUUUCAGUAUCAGUUGUGCAAUCUGAUAUCUGGGAUUCUUGUAAAGCUAUAUUUGAUGAAGUAACAGGAUUAGGUGUGCAGUGGUGCUGCUUAUCAUCAAAGGACGAAGUCACUCUGAUCUCUGUAUUAUGUUCAUGUAAAACAGUAUUCUCAUACCCUUUUGUUAUGCUGUCUGACUCUGGAAUGUUUUUGCUGUAACUGUUUAAGAUUGAACCCCCAUAUUAAGUCUGGAAGUUGAUAGACUUUGUGCAUUCUAUCAUAUAGACUGUUAGUUUGAAGUACUCAUCUUCAUUUGCAGAAUGUUUGUUGGUAGAUGGUACGGUAUUUGACGGACAAUGCAGCGAACUCUAUGUUGAGCCCAAAGUGAAAAACGAAAUCUUGAAGCUAAAUGACAGUAGGUACAGAAUGCUGAAGCAGAUAUAGAGAGAAGAUUUCAAAGCAACUUACAUGCCAAAACUUUGUUUCCACACAACAGCAACAUCACUGACAGCAGAAGUCUUAGCAUCACCCAUUCUUUAAUCACGCACAGGGAGAAGUCACUUUCUCUUUUUGCAUGCUUUUUCUCAUGAAGAUCUGUUGUAUCUUGUGUUUACGCCAUACCACUUCUAACUGAUUUGAGCCAAUGUCACUAUCGUAUCAAUAAGAUAUCCAGACUUGGUUGUCAUUUUUAACCAGUAGUGUGUCAUUUUCUUUGAAAUCUUAAAAAGACAGGAUAUUAAAAGGGAUUUUUUCUACCAAAAAAUAUGGGUUGUGUUCAACCCUUUAUCAUGGUACUAUAUUGAAGCUGUUCAGCAUUGAUUAUGUCAGUUCAGUUACGUUGAGCCAUGGUAGCUACCCUGCAAACCAGACAAUGUUUUGUUUUGCUUCUGUAAAGUUACGCCUGCGGUCAUUUGUGUGCUUGGAGGGUAAUAGAGAUGUUGUCUGUCAAGUUAAUGUUGUUAGUGAGGAUUAUUGAUGCUUUUUUUAUCUGGUUUAAUGAGUAAUUUGCAAUCAAAGUUUACCACCAGCGUCCUGUCCCUACACUUAUUAUGUCUUAAAUGUUUGUGUUUAGUUCUUGUUAUUCCCAAAGGGAUACAUUUGAAGGGUCUACUUUUAUACUGAGUUAGAUGAAAUGGUACAACAUUUAUAAUGAAUGUAAACCACUAAGGAAUUGAUGUAUGUUUUGCAUCUCUUUUGUAUCCUGUGCAGCCAUGCUUGUUUAGCAAUUUUCUCCAGUUUUGUGUGAGAGAAAGGUACUGUUCCAAAAUAGUUCUACAGAAGAAUUGAGGAACUUUGCCUAUAGCUCUUGUUGAUACGAUUUUUGAGAAGGACAUUGUUUUAGCUAUGUUGUUAUAUCUGUAAAUAUAGUACAGAUGUGUUUUGGAGGAGUUAUCAAAUGAGCAAAAAAGUUUGUUCAAAACAUUGAAGUGUUAUUACAAAGGUAAUAAAUAUAUGCAGUAA